ACAAUGAUAGUCAAUUAUUGUAUCGCGAUCAGUGCCGCAGCGAACUGACGUGAGCAUGGACGGAGUGGUGCCCCCCUGGGAAUCCAAAGAUGCCUCCUACGUCGAUAGUUGGUUUCUUAUGGGCUCCCCAGCCAAAAUAAUCAUAAUAUGUGUGUCAUACCUGGUUUUUGUUCUAAAACUCGGCCCAUAUCUAAUGAAGGAUAGGCAACCGUUUCAACUGAAAAAUGUGAUAUUAACAUACAAUAUUCUACAAGUCAUAUACUCGGCAUAUUUAUUCAAACUGGCGACAGUGAUUCUGUACAAGUCGGGUUUGUCGCCCGACAAGUGCGUCGACGAGUCUCCAGAUCUGCAGUAUGAGUUUUACUUCGGAACCCACAUAUACACCAUCGCGAAGUUAACGGAACUCCUCGAUACGGUGUUCUUUGUCCUUCGCAAGAAGUACAACCAAGUAUCAGUCCUGCACGUGUAUCAUCACUGCGGGAUCCUGCUGUACUCCUGGGCGAUGCUGUACUUCAAGUUCACUGCCCUCUCCAUCAUUGUACUUGGAUUCCUGAAUACCUUUGUCCACCUGGUGAUGUACUCGUAUUAUGCGGUGUCUACCUUCCCCGAGAUCGCGAAGUACAUUUGGUGGAAGAAGUAUAUUACCAAGAUGCAGAUGAUCCAAUUCGUGUUGAUUAUGAUGUACGUGGUGUUCGAGUACUGCACGUCACCCUGCCUGUUCUCCAACAAGCUGCUCGUCACCUUCCUGAUCAACCUGUCCCUAGUUCUCUACCUUUUCAUGGACUUCUACAAGAAGUCAUACAAAAGCGCCAAAAACAAGUGAUAAUAUAGUUUAUUUAGUGAAUU